AACAGGAGAAAGGUAGGAAUACCCAACCCCACAAAUCCAACGAAACCAUCCAAAAGCCUUUGAAAGAUGGAGAAGAAGCAGUGCAGAUGUACUGUUGUUGCUCAUCUACUUGCGAUUAUCGUUCUUGUAGUGAGUAUUGAAAGAGGGAGUUGCAUUACAGAAGAUGGAGAGAAGGAUAGAGUGUCGGAGUUGCCAGGUGGGAAUUCCUUGAACGUGAGCUUUGCUCAUUACUCAGGGUACAUAACCGUAAAUAAAGAGUCAGGAAGGACUCUUUUCUAUUGGUUUUUUGAAGCUGUUGAGGACCCUUCAUCAAAGCCCCUUGUUCUUUGGCUCAAUGGAGGCCCUGGAUGUUCUUCCAUUGCUUAUGGCCUGGCAGAGGAAAUUGGCCCUUUUCAUGUGAAGCCAGAUGGGAAGAGCCUUUAUCUGAACCCAUACUCAUGGAAUCAAGUGGCCAAUAUCUUAUUCCUUGAUUCUCCAGUCGGUGUUGGUUACUCAUAUUCAGACAAUCCCCAAGAUUUGUUGAGCAAUGGAGAUGCAAGGACUGCCCAGGAUUCUUUAGUUUUUCUAAAGAAGUGGUUCAAGCGAUUUCCUCAAUACAAAGGAAGGGAUUUCUAUCUCGCAGGAGAGAGCUAUGCAGGACACUACGUCCCUCAGCUGGCGCAAGUCAUUGUGAGGUCCCAAAAGCUUGCAGAGGAAAAUUCAAUCAAUUUAAAGGGAUAUAUGGUUGGAAAUGCUCUGACCGAUGAUUUCCACGAUCACCUAGGGCUCUUCCAAUUUAUGUGGUCCACCGGUUUGAUAUCUGACGAAACCUAUAACCUGCUGAAUGUUUUCUGUGACUUUCAAUCAUUUGUGCACACCUCACCCAAGUGCGACAAGAUUCUCGACAUUGCUAAUGAUGAACUCGGAAACAUCGAUCAAUAUAGCAUAUUCACUCCUUCCUGCACCAGCAAUGGUACCUCUUCCAAGAGGCUGCUGAAAAGACUGCAUGUGGGACGCAUCGGUGAAAGUUACGAUCCAUGUACUGAGAAGCACUCAACCAUUUAUUUCAACUUACCUGAGGUUCAGAAGGCACUUCAUGUUGAUCCAGCAGUUGCACCGUUGAAUUGGUCGACUUGUAGUGACGUGGUUAGUGAAAAUUGGCGGGACUCUCCUAGGUCUGUGCUAGAUAUUUAUCAGGAGCUCAUACGUGAAGGUCUUCGCAUUUGGAUGUUCAGUGGAGAUACAGAUGCUGUGAUCCCAGUUACAUCGACCCGGUACAGUAUAGAUGCUCUCCAUCUUCCAACCGUGACUCCUUGGCAUGCUUGGUACGACGAUGGUCAGGUAGGAGGAUGGACUCAAGAAUAUAAGGGCCUCACCUUUGUAACAGUGAGAGGAGCUGGUCAUGAGGUCCCUCUCCAUAAACCCAAGUUGGCGCUUGCCCUCAUCAAGGCCUUCCUUUCAGGGAGCCCGAUGCCAACCUUAUCGUCGUCUGAUGUUGCAAAUUACGAUGCGGUGAACCCAAUUCGCACAGUCAUUUCAAAUCAAAUCCCAACAUGGUGAACCUGAUUCGUAGUCAUUUCAAAUCAAGCAAUAGGUGAUUCACUGUGCCAUUAGUAACUCAGUUUCCUAAAGUAUUCUCAAUAAGUUUGACAAUCGUUAAAUGGGAUUUUCCUAUA